GCAGAAAUAGACUAAUCAUACUAAGAGUUUUAAUGUGAUAGCAGAAUGAUAGACUAAUCAUACUAAGAGUUUAAUUCACUGUGUUUCGAUUAUUAAGAGUUUUAAUUCAAUGUGUUUUGAUGAUUUCUGUGACUUGUAUAACCUGAAUAAUGAUAUUAUAUGAAGUUUGGUGUUAACAAAAUAUUAAAAUUACAAGUGUUGAACUAACAUUCUGGAAUAUUGCCAAGGGUCAGCAGCCCUGUUUUCCGAGAAGUGCAUGAGUCAGCGACAUGAGAAAAAGGACACUGUCUCAAAAGAUAAUAUUUUGGGACAGCGAUAAUUCCUCUUUUCUCAUCAGUCACUUAGUAUUCUCAUGUUCGGGGAAUCAACCUUGUGGGACCUCACAAACACUCUCUCCCUAGCAACUAGAAAAAAUCAACCAAUCAGAGAGGUCGGUAGACAACAGUAACAAGAAAACCACAAGGUUGGUUUGAGCUGAAUAAGGGAGAUAAGAAUUACCACAAGUCAUGAACUCUGUGCAAAAACUGAUUAUAUAAGGAACUGUUUGACUAAGUGUAUUUUUUGAGCUUCUUUGCGGUUGCUUGCAGAGUCUGUGACACUCUGUUGAAUGCUCCAGUCUGCAGACUAAUAAAGUGUGGCUUGCUCCGACUUGUCUCUGUCUCAAUCGUUCUCUCGGUACGGGACCGGUGCCUGCUCGGUUGUAUGCAGAAAAUUCCACCACAUAUAUGGCGACGAGGAUGGGAUCCUAAACUCCGUCCGCUGAUCGUCCCGGGAAACGGAGUAAAUCACCGGUGAGACCUAAUCCUUAAACUUGGGUCAGGACGCCCGCAACUAAGAGGGUUGGCGGAGUCCGCUCCAAAUCUGGCUGGGGGCGUCAGUGAGGCGGAUAAAGGAUCCCGAACAAAACAGCCCUGCUGAGGCGGGUGCGAGCUGCCCUGCCGGAUCCAGCUGAAGGACCCGGACACAGCAUUCGCCCCGGGGACUGGGUAGUGAUCAAGGACCUCCGGAGAAGGUACUGGCACCAACAGCGCUGGGGAGGCCCGUUCCAGGUGCUACUAACAACACCAACGGCAGUCAAGGUUGCAGAAAGACCAACGUGGAUACACGCCAGCCAUUGCAGGAAGGUACCCCACGAUCCUGAGGAUGUACCGGCUAUUGGAGCCCCGACCACACAGACCGUGGCCCUGGAAUGAUUGGGGUUUUCGACUCAUGACUGUGUCUUUGCUCAGUGGCAUUCUGUGUGUACUCCUUAUUUUCAUGAUAACUGAACUCCCGGGAGACAGUAGCCACAGUAUUAACGGUAAUGAUAGCCAACCUGGGAUGAACAGAACAAAAAGGACACUCCAUGUUUGGAGCAAUGAACAUGGCAGGAAACAUGCCGACAAUGGGUGGUGGGCUAAUGCUUAAUCACUCUGUACGGAACACGUUGAACAUUACUGAACCCUGUUAUGUAUGCUCCAUUAUGUCUCACUCAGCGGAGGAGCCUUUUCCCUUAUAUCCUGUGGAAGUCCCAACCAGUGUAUUGGGCCCUGCUAUGGCCGUCGUAACUGUUACUGCAGAAGGAGGAUCAGACCGCGAUAAUUGUAAAUUGAUUGUGCAUAGCAUAACCUCAUCCUGCCUCUCCUCCGGUUCCGAUAACUCAAAAAGCCUAUUGUCUAUGUUCGACCCCACACUUGAUACAAGUUGCUAUGACAACAGUAGUCUCUUGAUACAUAUUAGUUGGUGUGAUAAAUUGAUAAGUAGAAAGACACCACAGCCCACUCCAAUGGCCCAAGUGAUGCCAAGAACUGCUCCCUUCACCAACAGAACGCUCUGCUGGUGUAGGGGGAACAUAGCUGAAGGUAGAUAUAUGGGUUUGUCAAACUGUGUAACUUACGUACAUUACGUAAAACAGUCAACCACUGAUCUCCUAAAGAAAACGAAGAUGAGUGAUUCCCUUCAAAUUGGUGAUACUUUAAUACAAGCCUAUCCCAUAAAAUUGGGCCCUGGUGAGAAUGGGGCAGGAACGUUCAUGAAUCACUAUUGGGUAUGUGGACAGGCGGUUUAUCUUAGCCUGCCAAAGCAUUGGUUCGGGUGUUGUGCUUUCGUAACCCUCAAUACCACUAUGAAAGUGUUCAAGGUGAAUGAAUCACAUAAGGUACACAAAAGAGUUAAGCGGAGUCAGUUUUUCUCCCCCAACGAUGUUCCUCUUGAUUCUCGCAGAUCUGGAAAAGGGGAUAAACUAGCGGGGGCAUUAUUCCCAUGGUUUGGGGUGAGUCAAAAUGCGCAUGAAAUUGAUAAAGUAGCGUAUGAGCUAGAAACAUUGACUAACCUAACUACUGAAGGUUUCCAGAUAAUGCAGCCUGAGAUAAGAGCCAUCAGAAUUAUGGUAAUGCAAAAUCGAAUGGUACUGGAUAUGUUGUUAGCAGAACAGGGGGGAGUCUGCCACCUAGUGGGGGAACACUGUUGCACAUACAUACCAGACGGAGAUACAAAUUUAACCGAAGUAGUACAGCAUUUGUCUACACUCCGGGAACGUUUGGUCAAUGAGCAUGCUUAUGAUACUGGUUGGGACCCGUUCUCCUGGAUCCAAUCUAUAUUUGGGUUCUGGGGAACAAACCUGUUUCACUGGAUAAUAUAUGGGCUGGUUGUGAUAAUUGCAUUAAUAAUAUUAAUCACUUGUGUGAAAAAGCUUUGUACUAAAAUUUUGGAUAAUGCUCUAACUAUGCCAUUGCUUACUACUGAGAACUUGCGUAAUGAAGAUAAUGACCCUUUCAGGGACAUGGAUGAUGAUGUUGUAUAAUUAUUCUAUCUAACAAUAGUUGUAAUAAUAUUUACAAAAGGAGGGAAUGUGAUAGCAGAAAUAGACUAAUCAUACUAAGAGUUUUAAUGUGAUAGCAGAAUGAUAGACUAAUCAUACUAAGAGUUUAAUUCACUGUGUUUCGAUUAUUAAGAGUUUUAAUUCAAUGUGUUUUGAUGAUUUCUGUGACUUGUAUAACCUGAAUAAUGAUAUUAUAUGAAGUUUGGUGUUAACAAAAUAUUAAAAUUACAAGUGUUGAACUAACAUUCUGGAAUAUUGCCAAGGGUCAGCAGCCCUGUUUUCCGAGAAGUGCAUGAGUCAGCGACAUGAGAAAAAGGACACUGUCUCAAAAGAUAAUAUUUUGGGACAGCGAUAAUUCCUCUUUUCUCAUCAGUCACUUAGUAUUCUCAUGUUCGGGGAAUCAACCUUGUGGGACCUCACAAACACUCUCUCCCUAGCAACUAGAAAAAAUCAACCAAUCAGAGAGGUCGGUAGACAACAGUAACAAGAAAACCACAAGGUUGGUUUGAGCUGAAUAAGGGAGAUAAGAAUUACCACAAGUCAUGAACUCUGUGCAAAAACUGAUUAUAUAAGGAACUGUUUGACUAAGUGUAUUUUUUGAGCUUCUUUGCGGUUGCUUGCAGAGUCUGUGACACUCUGUUGAAUGCUCCAGUCUGCAGACUAAUAAAGUGUGGCUUGCUCCGACUUGUCUCUGUCUCAAUCGUUCUCUCGGUACGGGACCGGUGCCUGCUCGGUUGUAUGCAGAAAAU